AUGGUUGUCAAUGCGAGUAACAUGGUAAAUACAAGUACUAAAAGAGCUUUAAUAGCAACUCCUUCAGAAGAAUGUUUGGAUGUAUUUGAAAUGGAUAAAACGAGAGUUAUUAUCUCCGACCCACAUCACAAAUAUAUGGAGGUUGAACAACUUUAUGUCUCAAAAAGUGUACUAAAAUCUGUUAUGAAGGACUAUGCAAUUUGGGAGAAGUUUCAAACACUAACUGUAAAAUCAAGUAAAGCGUGUUAUACAUUGUUGUGCAGAUCUGGUAAUUGUGCUUUUUUAUUUUAUGCAUCUGGUAUAGGUGAAUAUGGAAUGUUUGAGUUUAAAUGCCACAAACGGAAAUAUAGUCCAUCUGAAAUCAAAAGUGACAUAAAGGAAGACAUGGGUAUGAAUUUAACAUAUAUUAUGUGUUGGCGAGCCAAGAAACAAGCACUUGAAGAGUUAAGAGGAAAAUCAGCGGCAUCAUACGGGAAACUACCUGCAUACAUGCAUGUGUUAAACACUAGUUAUCCCAGUUCUCAUAUAAGAAUGAAAAAGAACGAAGACAGUGAGUUUUUAUAUAUAUUUAUAGCACUAAAUGCUUUCAUUCAAGGGUUCGAGCAUUGCAGACCAUUCAUAGUUGUUGAUGCAAGUUAUCUACGAGGACUGGUUACUAGAACUUUCGUAGCUGCAUGUACCAUCGAUGGAGCUGGGCAUAGAUUUCCUUUGACCUACAGUGUUCUUGAUUCCGAAAAUGAUGCUUCUUGGACUUGGUUCUUUGAAAAUCUGAAGGAAGCAUAUGGCAAAAGAAGAAAUAUGUGUGUUGUUUCUGAUCGUAAUGCAGGCAUCAUAAAAUCUGUAGAGGCAGUUGAUGUUAGAGUGAAGAAUUACUUGGAAUUAGCGGGAUAUGAUAAGUGGGCUAGGUCAUAUGCAUCAGUUCAUAGGGGAUGGACUUUGACAUCAAACAUUGCCGAGUCAAUUAAUGUUGCACCGGUAUUGGCUAGAGAACCACCAUUAUAUGAUUUUCUAGAGGAAGUUAGAUUGAUGUUUGGUAGAUGGAAUUGUGAAAACAGACAACAGAUACUGUAUACUUUUACGGAUCUUAUUGGUAAAUUUCAACAAAUUCUUCAACAAAAUGAAGCGGAGUGGCAGGAAAAUACAUAUGCUGAGAUGGUUAAAUACAUUUACAAAACUGUUUCUGACAUAACUUUGCAGAAAAAUACAUAUGCUGAGAUGGUAAUACCUUCAUCAGAGUAUAUUUAUACAGUCCACGACAAGGAGAAAUAUUUUAUUGUUUGUCUUAAGGAAAAAAAAUGUUCUUGCAAUGCAUUUCAGUUAGAUGAGAUACCGUGUGUUCAUACUUGUGCAGUUCUUGAUAGCAAGAAUUUUAAGAAGGGACCAUAUUUCUUUGAUCUUUACAAGCCAAAAACAAUGUUUCGAACGUAUGAUCUUCCAGUUUAG